CCGCCCCCGGCCCGCGUCCCCCCCGGCCUCGCCCGCCAAACAAUGGGCAACUGCGUGUCCGCCCCAUCCUCAUCAUCAUCGCCCUCCGACAUCCCCCCUCCCCGCCGCCCAGCCCUCUCCACCGACGGCUCCUCCAACCCCAGCCCGAGCUCGUCCUCUCAAGGACCGCAAACACCGAAAAAGGGCAAAGGACGCGCGCUGUCACAUCGGUCCGGCCUGUCGACAUCGUCCAUGAUGGCUUCCCAUCCCCUGCUCGCCCUGCGCCACUACGCGACGCUUUCAAACCCACAGACAUCCCUCCCUGCCAACAAGCUGCUGUUUGCCAACUACAACACGAUGGCAGUGUUUGAUGCGUACCCAAAGGCAAAGUAUCAUUUCUUAGUACUGCCGCGGUACCCGUUCUCCUCCCAGUCCGAUCCUGACGGGGACGAGUCGAUCGUGCCGCUCGAAGCACUCGACGAUCUCAAGAGCUUGCUGCUCAAGGGCGGGGUGUAUGGACGGGAGGAAGUGCUGCGCGCGAUGGAGGAGACGGCGAGAGAGGUCGAGGAGAUGAUCAGGGAUGAGAUGCUCAAGACGGAAGGGUUUGCUUGGCGAGUCGAUGUCGGCUUCCAUGCUGUCCCAUCCAUGAAGCAUGUGCAUCUGCACGUCAUUUCCGACGACCGUAUCUCGCCGUCCCUCAAAUCCAAAAAGCAUUACAACUCUUUUCGCCCGGAUCUCGGCUUCUUCAUUCCCAUCAUGGAGGUCCGGAGAUGGCUGCAGAACGAACAAACAUUACAGGAGCGUGUCGAUGUACGUUUCCAUACCAAGUUGCUACGCGCAAGAGCUGAUAGAGCCUUAUAGGCGUUGGCCGCGACGACGUCCCUCCUCAAAACCCCACUCACCUGCUUUAAAUGCGACGAGCCAAUGAACAAUAUCGAAAAGCUCAAGACGCACUUUGAAAAAGAGUUUAGCAAAGAGCGAAAAGCUGCCCUGCGUUAUAUCGCGCGGCACGGGCAUCAGAAGGGGAGUGACGAUGAUAUCUUUUAGGGCGAUGGGUGUUACUUUUCUCCAUUUUGUUUCUUUCUUUUGGACGUGGGGUUUCAACUGGGUCUCGUAUACCUCUGUAUCAAUUCCUGUACCUUUUCUUUCUCUAGUGACGACUGUGAUGGCGUUCUAUGGAGAUCUGUAUCGAUAGCGGGGCGUGGUGAUUUGGGCUUUUAUCAA